ACGUGGUCCUGGGGCUGCCGAAGGUCAAUUGCUUAUCAAAUUUCCCAUCAUGCAUCAGCUGUUCAGACUGGUUUUAGGACAAAAAGAUCUUUCCCGAGCCGGGGACCUCUUCUCUUUAGAUGACUCUGAGAUUGAAGACAGCCUGACAGAAGCUCUGGAACAAAUUAAAAUAAUUAGCUCAUCUUCCGAUUACCAAACCAAUAACAAUGACCAGGCAGUGGUUGAAAUCUGUAUCACGCGAAUCACAACAGCCAUCAGAGAGACAGAGUCCAUUGAAAAGCAUGCCAAGGCCCUUGUGGGGCUCUGGGACUCCUGCUUGGAACACAACCUGAGACCCUCUGGGAAAGACGAAGACACUCCGCAUGCAAAAAUUGCUUCUGAUAUCAUGAGUUGCAUUUUACAGAAUUACAACCGGCCCCCUGUGAUGGCGUUAGCCAUCCCCAUAGCAGUGAAAUUCCUCCACAGAGGCAACAAGGAACUGUGCAGGAAUAUGUCCAACUACCUGUCCCUGGCUGCAAUCACCAAGGCAGAUCUUCUGGCUGAUCACACAGACAUUAUAGUAAAGAGCAUACUCCAAGGUAAUGCCAUGUUGUUGAGGGUGUUACCUGCUGUGUAUGAAAAGCAGCCUCAGCCAAUUAACAGACACCUGACAGAACUCCUGGCCUUGAUGUCUCAGCUGGAACAACCAGAACAGUACCAUCUUCUACGGCUUUUACAUGUAGCUGCAAAGAGAAAGCAACCAGAGGUGGUUCAGAAGUGUAUUCCUUUCCUAAUCAGGCAUUUGAAAGACUCAACCCAUAAUGAUGUCAUCCUAAACAUCCUCAUAGAGAUAGCAGGCUAUGAACCUGUGGCUUUGAACAGUUUUCUUCCAAUGCUGAAAGAGAUUGGUGAGAGAUUCCCCUACCUCAUCGGACAAAUGGCGAGAAUCUAUGGAGCUGUGGGGCAUGUGGAUGAAGAGAGAGCCAGGAGCUGCCUGCCAUUCCUGGUGAGUCAGCUGGCCAACAUGGAACAUUCGUUUCAUCAUAUUCUCCUGCUGGAGAUUAAGAGCAUCACUGAUGCUUUCUCCUCCAUCCUGGGCCCUCAGAGCAGAGAUAUCUUCCGCAUGAGCAACAGCUUCACUGCCAUUGCCAAGCUUCUUACCCAACAACUGGAAACUACCAAGGCCAGAAGCAGCAGGAGAAAACCCAGCAAUGAAAUUGAAUUCCCUGAGAAGCUGGAAGAAAUCAAGUUCACUGUAGCUGAAGAUGAAGACCAUGAAAAGCUCCAAGUUAAAAUACAGGCUUUUGAAGACAAAAUAAAUGCUGAGAGCAAUACUCCUAGCUCUAUAAGAAGAUAUAGUUUGGGCCAAUUUUCUAAGGAAGAAAGAAAAGACAUUAGAUUUAACAGGUCAAAGAGUUUGGCUUUGCACACUGUGCUAACAAAGAGCAUGAGUUCAGAUGAUGGGGAAAUUGUAGAGAGUGGAGACAUGCCAGCUAGGAUCAUUCUUUCAGAAACAGAUCCACUUAGCCAAGGAAACGACAAGUUGCCCUUUAAGGCAAACUCUGACAGAUCACAGCUGAGAAAUUCUUCAGUUUCACACCCAAGUAUUAUACAUACAGAAUCAGAGAAUUUGCCAGAGACAGUUAAAGAAAACUGCCAGGAAGAAACUCCAGAAACAACUGCAAGUCCUGUAGAAUACCAAGAUAAGCUCUACUUGCACUUAAAGGAAAAUUUCAGUAAAGUAAAGGCAUAUGCUGUGGAAAUCGGAAAGAAGAUUCCAAUCCCUGAUCAGUGUACCAUUGAAGAUUCUGUUAGAAGUUGUGUAGCAAAGUUGUUCUUUACCUGCUCCCUGAAGGGUCAUUACUGCCUCUACAGUAAAUCCAGUUUUAUUCUCAUCAGCCAAGAGCCUCAGCCAUGGAUUCAGAUCAUGUUCCUCUUUCAGCAGAGCCUGUUUCCUGAGCCACUGUCUAUACAGAGUCAUUCUGUACAAUUCCUCAGAGAUCUGUGGGAGAAGACCCAGGCAGAUGGUACUCACAGCUUUGAAACAGCCAUGAUGGAGUCCACAUUUCCACAGCAGAAGGAUCUGGACCAGGUACAGCUCCAUCUGGAAGAAGUGAGAUUCUUUGAUGUAUUUGGCUUCAGCGAAGCAGCAGGAGCAUGGCAAUGCUUCAUGUGCAACAACCCCGAGAAAGCGACCGUUGUAAACCAAGAUGGCCAGCCUCUCAUGGAAGGAAAACUUAAAGAGAAGCAAGUCAGAUGGAAGUUCAUCAAAAGGUGGAAAACUCGUUAUUUUACGCUGGCCGGAAAUCAACUUCUGUUUCAAAAAGGAAAGUCUAAAGAUGAUCCUGAUGACUCCCCAAUAGAACUCAGCAAAGUACAGAGUGUGAAAGUUGUGGCCAGGAAACGCAGGGACCGCUCCCUCCCUCGGGCUUUUGAAAUCUUCACAGACAAUAAAACCUAUGUUUUCAAGGCCAAGGAUGAGAAGAAUGCAGAAGAGUGGCUCCAGUGCAUCAAUGUGGCUGUCGCCCAAGCAAAAGAAAGGGAAAGUAGAGAAGUAACCACAUAUCUGUAGGGAUUUGCAAGCCGACCUCACACUGAUUGUAUACAAUGGGCAUUGCGUUAUCACUGCCAAUGUCAAGAAAAAAGAGUUAAGUUAGCCAAGUCACAUUGUGUUUUUACUGAAUGGAACAGUUUUCCCUAAAAAGCAGAACCCAAGAGUGGCAGGAUUUUUAUACAUUUCAUAUUCUAAUGGCACCUGCAUUAACUCCAGAACAUCUGUAUGAUGCAUUCAGAAAAAGGAGCUACAGAUGAUACAGGGAAGAAAGGGGAGAGUCAGGGAUCUAGGAACCCCUGUAGAUAUGCCAUUGUAAGUUGUAAGAAUACAACUUCACAAGGUACCUGAAAUACUUAUCCCAAGGAAAGAUCAAGCACCUCUGAUGAAAACUACAGUCUGUCAAAGUAUUAGAAGAAAAGUACAGCCCUAUGAGGAAAAGUCAAACAUAUAACUUAAUAUAGACAUACAAUUAUGUUUAUUCUUUCCUAAUGCAAAUGAGGUUAACACAUGGUAAAAUUGUUCUCAAGUGAAGACAGUUAUGUAAUUAAAUGUCUGUCUUUCUGAACAACUUAUCUGAUUGUUCUGUUUAGGUUCACAUAACAUGAUCUAAAGUUUAGGUACUUAGAUAUAUCUAUUGCCCAAGGCAGUAAGUGUAAGCUACAACAAGCACAGAAAACCAUUUUCACCAUCUUCAAAGUAUGUGCCAUUUCCAUCGAGUUUUGAGAUGUUACAGUUCUAUACUUUUCUUCUUUAUAUUCAGACUUUUAAUAUCUCCAAAUUACAUUUUAUGGUUUUUUCCAUCACUCAUAUUAAAAAAAAAAAUUAAGCUGUGGCGGGCAGAAUUAUAGGAUGAUUCCCAAUGGUCUAUACCCUGACCCUUCCCCUUGACUUAUAACUUGCUUCUAACUAAUAGAAUAUGGCAAAAAGAAUAGGAUAGUCUCUCCCAUGACUAUGGUACAUUACAUGGCAAAGGUGAAGAAGUUUCUUAAUCAACUGACUUUGAGUUAGUCAAAAGGAUAUGCACAAAAGUGUGCAUGAUCUAAUCACAUGAGCCCUUUAAAAAAGAGUGAACAAGUCAGAGACUCUCUCUUCCACUGGCUUUGAAUAAGCAAACUGCAAUGAAUUCUACGACUUUAAGGGAAUGGAUUUUGCCAACAGCCAAGGAGCUUGGAAGAAGAUCCCAGCCCCAGCCAACACCUUGACUGCAGCUUUGCAAAACCCUGAGCAGAGGACCCGGGUAAGCCAUGCUUCGACAUUUGACCCAGGAGAACUUUGAGAUAAUAAAUAUAUGCUGUUUUAAGUGACCAAGUGUGUGGAAAUUUGUUCCAUAACUAUAGAUAAUUAGUACAAAAGCUAACUUGGAAUGCAUAUAAGAGGACUACAGAAACCUAGAAAAAAUGUAAGUAGUCAAUUCCCUUAAUUCUACCUUGACUCUACUGAUAACUCAUGAGGACAGGAACUACAUAAGAGGCCAAGUUUGAAAAAGGAAACAAUUGAAUUUUAACAUGUAAAGUUUGAGGGUAUUGGGAGUCACAGAAGUUAUUACAAAUUGAAAACAGUUCUGGGGGGGGGGGGUCAAGACUUUGCCUCAUGGGAUAUAUAUAUGGUCACCAAAGAUGUGGAAUUUGCUGAAAUUACUCAGGAAGAAUAAGACAAAAGAACUAAUAAGGGCUUCUUUGGGAUACCUAACUUUUAAACAAAGGAACACUGGAUUGGCUGGUUUGUGUUCAGAGAUGUUAUAGACCAGGGGAAAUAAUGUCACAAAUGCCAAAUAAAUAAGGCUUUCAGGAAAUGGGAGAGAUUAACAAUGUAAAAUCCUGAAGAGUAAUCACUUAAGAUAAAGAAUGAGCUUUACAAUUAGGAAGCAAUUGGCAUUAUUGGUAGGAACAAUUUCAUUGGAGUAAUGACAUAAAAGUCAAAUUUCAGUGGGUUAAAGAAUCAAAAGGAGAUUAGGAGUUUAAAGCAAUAAUUGUACUCUAUUUUCAACAAAUUGGGGCUAAGAUACAGAAAGUGUUUUGUUGUUUGUUCUAAAGAUGAAUUAGACUUGGGGCGGGGCGGGGGGGCGGUUGUUAACAUGCAAAAAGAAAGAAGAAAAACAACUCUGCUUGAGCAAAGUUUCCAGAAGUGAUGGGAAAAGGAUUAAAAUUCAUGCCGUAGCAAUUUAUGAACAGUUAGCAAGCAACAGGUACCAUGCUUGGCCUGGAGAUAGAAAAAUAAAAGACCCAGCUCUUCCCCUCAAGGAUUUUAUAGCGUAGUAGAAGAGAUAAUCACAUAGAACAAAAAUUGAAAUGCUCAAGUGCCUUGAUGAAAGUUUGCACAGGGUCCUGUGGAAAUACAGGAGAAGACACCACUGUAAUUGACUCUGAACUCAAAGCCAAAGCAUGGGCUCCCUCACUGUUUCCCAGAGCUUGUUAGAAAAUGAACUUGUCCUAAAGAGCUAAGAGUGUUGUGGGCAGACAAGGA